CAAAAGCAAUUUCCAUUUUUCCAUUCGAAAAACUGAGCUGCGUGAUUUCGUGCAUUUUCCUUCAGAAAAAGUAGAAAAAAUCCAAAAGAACUUCAACAUGGGUGUACAAGUCGAGGUUAUUUCCGGCGGAGAUGGUCAACGCUUCCCAAAACCCGGGCAAACAGCUGUCGUGCACUACGUUGGCACUUUGGACAACGGCAAGGAGUUCGAUUCGUCACGCAAACGCGGAAAACCCUUCAAAUUCACCGUCGGCAAAGGCGAAGUUAUCCGCGGAUGGGAUGAGGGAGUCGCCCAAUUGUCUGUGGGACAACGUGCCAGAUUGAUUUGCUCGCCAGAUUACGCUUAUGGAUCGCGCGGACAUCCCGGCAUCAUUCCGCCAAACGCUACUUUGACUUUUGACGUUGAAUUGUUGGGCAUCGAGUAAAUUUUUCGCUCGCCGCAUUCAACAAGUUUCUCUUGCAUUUGAAAAUUUAAAGACUUUUUGAGCUCAAGAAUCAUCCCAAAAAAACAACUUUUUUACCACAUUUCUCGUACUAUUCCAGAUUUUUUACUGAAAAACGGGGUUUAGUUUAGAAUGCAAUAACGUUUCCUAUUUUACGAAAAAAAAAAAUAAUUCUAAUGAAAAAAAGUUGACAGACCAAAAUUUCAAUAGCAAUCAAUAUUUUUAAAAAAUAAUUAAAUUCCGAUGUCAGUCACUUAGUAACAACAAUUAUUAAUAAAAAAAUGUUAAAAAUUUCCGAUGAUAAUGUGAAAAAUUUAAUCAUUCAAGUAAUAAACAAUCAAUC